AUGGGCAUCUUGUUCUCGUGCCCGACCGACUACUAUGACCCAAUGGAAGAAGGCAUCCUCGAACCGUCGGCGAGCUCCGGCGGCCUCGGGGCCUUGGAUUCCAAGCAAGUCUGCUCAUACAGGGGUCGCUCGGUUUCAAAAGGGCACAACUCGACGACAACUACCCCAGCUCUCUCCGGUGGAGACCGAGAUCUCAAUCAAGACCGCCGACAUUGCCGCCAUUGCACCAGACUCUUCCCCUGCCACGGUGGUGCCGCUCGUGCAGAGAGCUCUUGCCAUGGUGAUGUACACCGACGGCAGCCUCGGGCGCGGAGAGCCCAAAGCACGAGGCGGCGGCGAUGUGAGGCAACAGAGCGUCAUGAGGCAGGCUCUCAAGAUGAAGAACGGGAGGAGGAGCGCCGGCUCAGGAAAGCUGCAUAUAUUUUUCAUGGAUGCCUUUACAUAUUCUAUGUUAGCCUUAUUGUGGAGGAAGAGGUCGCGUCAAUGUGGAGACUAGGCGAACUCAAGUGGUCAUCGACUUGCCUCUACGCUAGCCAACACCCUAUCAAAUUGAGAAAUUUGAGUUGUGUUUUGUCUGAAUUUUUGACUGAAUCUCGGGAUCUUUGUGAGAACGAAAGCACCAGUCUCAAAAACUGCCAAAGACCACUUGUUGUUGGUGGUCGUGUUCACAGAGCAAUUAUUAUGGUUCUUGGAAGUUGAACAAGACAACGGAAAUAGAAAUGAGGUUCCAAGUCAUUAGCCAGAGUACCUCAUAUGCUUGCUCUGUAUGCGAUCAGCUAUGUGUCUAUGUGCUCUGUUCUCCCAUCUGUUUUGUGCCAUCUUUUUUCCUUUCUGUUUCCGUAUGGGUAUGUUGUCCUAUCUAUUUUGUGCACUAUAGUUUAAUUAGCAAAUUUCUGUCAAAUCUGAGAGCUUUAACUGUUUUAUAAGAACAACCUGAUCCGAUCUCAUCCUGGACUGUGUUAUGGAUAUUAGCUAAAUUCUAUAGAGUGUACAUAGGAAUUCCACAACUUGCCCUUUUCAAUAUACUCAGUGUUUCCAUCCAUCCAUGUUGGAAUAUAUGCUAUACUUAAUGUUUCUAUCUAUUUAUACUGGAAUCUAUGCUGUAGAUAGCUAACGAGGGAUCUAUCAGAAUGGUUACAAUAUUAUCUCGCUUUUUCCCCACGUUUUUUGCGUGUGCAUACCUACAGAAAUAUCGAGCUUCACGAACUCACUUGAUUUACCCACUAACCGAUUUGCUAUAUCUUACUUACCUUUCAGCUUCAACAUCAUUGUUGUAUUCUUACACUUUCAUAGAUUAAGAUACCAUGCAGAUAUAACUCUACCAUUGAUUGAUAGAGGUCUUAAAUUGUUGUACAAUUUGUUAGAAGUAGGAUAGCUUUGGUACUAAGCUAAUUAGGCAGUUAUUAAGAUUAGCUUAGGUCCUAAGCUAAGUAGUCAGAUAGUUUUGUCCAAACGCUGUAAUACCGAAGAGGUGCCUUUGUAACCGCCUUAUUGGCGUCUGUUCGGUGGAUAUAUAUACCCCCAACAAUCAUCAAUGAAACAUCACUUGAUUCUCUCAAUCAUUAGUUCCUAAACACAAUUAACAUAAAUUCGGCCGAGGAUGGCUGCACCAUCACGGAUGCCAAGUGCGUCUAAGGGGCCGGAAAAGGAAAAGGAGGGCGUACAAGGGGCAGAAGGAGCCGUCGCAUGGGAGCAAAGUGAGUAGCCAAAGGAAGGUGGAGGGACCAUCCAGGACAUUUUCUCCAACUCACGCCAUCGGAUGAUGUUAUAGCUUGCCUGAACAGCCACCCAACCCGAAUGCCCUCCCUUUACCACUACGGUGACGACAACGACAAGAAGAGUAGAGCUCCGCUCUGAGCCUUCGAUAUUAAAAUAAGCCAAAACUUAUGGCUCAAAUUCUGAUUGAAUUCUGCCUUUGCGCGAUAGCGCAACGGGUCAUCUAGUAUC